UAUUGGCGAAGCGGCAGUCUCUUUCGGCAAGUCCAAUAACUGGGAUAAUUGUUUCUUCCCUUCCCUUUCUGUUCUUUAUCCAUACUCCGGUAGGAAACACAGACGUAUCCCAGCCUCGAGCGCAACUAAAUUUUCACAGAGUUUCUCGAAGAAAAUAUGAGUGACUCGGUCUCGAUCAGCAGCUGGGAGCCCGAAACCCCGUCCUCAGGGCCAUCAUAUUCGCAACGCCAUCAAGCGAUUAGCCCUCUGUCAAGCACUAGGGGCAGACGCUCUAUUGAUGGAAAUACUUUAUCAAUGUUCAGAUGUAACAUGCCAUGGGAGGAAUCUAGCGAAGACGAAAACCUUUGGAGCGAUGCCGCCACGGCCGGAACGGUUCUAUCCUUGCUUCACAGGGAGCCUUUAAGCCCCCAACGAAAUACCCGUAGACCCCUUUUCGACAGUACGGCCUCCGAAAGACAGCGCUCGAGAUGUGUCCUUUGUUUCCAGGUCAUGGAUCGCCUCUCCUAUCCCAACCCGCCAUUGGCAGCAAACUGUAAUCACAGUUCCAUACCAGAGGUACGAAUGUGCAGAGUAUGCUUACAGCGAUGUCUUGAUAUCCAAUUCACGUCAAACGGGUCAGAACCACUGUCAUGUCCUCUGUGCCGCGCUCGGCUCUCCCACGAUGAGAUUCGACAAUGGGCCAAUCCACAAACAUUUCAAGCAUACGACAACAUGAAAACAAGAGAGGCGUUAGAAGACGACGGUGAAUUCAUAACAUGUGUCCGACCAGGCUGCGGGAAUGGCCAGUUGCAUGGGGGUGGCCGUGAAAAUCCGAUUGUCGUGUGCAGGUCGUGUGGUACACGGAUGUGUUUUGUCCAUCGAGGUGCCCCAUGGCAUGAGGGAUUCUCCUGCGAAGAGUACGACCGGCUCUUCGUAUACACAGGUGAUCAACAGACGCCUGAGAAUGAUGCUUCACAAAAUGGAUAUAGAUGGCUGCGUAGACUAGGCGGAUGGAGGGCAUACAGAGCAGACGCUAGGCAACACGCGACAGGGUCUAAUAUAAACCAAUUUGGACCAAUAAACUGGACGACAGAAGACUUGCGCAGUCAGCGGACGAUUUGGCAGAUUGCAAAGCCCUGUCCUCGGUGCAACGCCAUUACUGAAAGAGAAGGGGGAUGCAAAUAUAUGCGAUGUAUGUGCGGAAUCCUUUCGUCUGAAUCAAUUUGCUAACUUGCUGACCAACAGGUGCUCUUUGCUGGCAAGAAUGGUGUUGGGACUGUGGUGGAUUUUGGCAGGCGGGG